CUUCAGCUGGAGCACCCGGAGCACGCAGCAUUAUGGUGGACUCUAUUCCUCUCUGCUUUUUCAACGGCUGCACCAACAUCGCCGUUUCGUCCGGCAAAUGCAGCGCACACAAGACGCGAGUCAAGUGUGCGGUCGACAUGUGUCACAACCAAACGUACGCCCGAAGCUUGUGCGUCAAGCACGGCGGUAAACACAAGUGCAUCGUCAACAACUGCACAGCCAACGCACGCAGCCAAGGGUUGUGCUGCAAACAUGGCCCCAAGACCCACAAGACUCUGUGCACCGUCGACGGGUGCACGAAAGUGGCCCACGCCCGACAUCGCUGCGUCCGCCACGGUGGGGGCCAAACAUGCAAAGUCGACAACUGCACCGCGUAUUCGAGAAGCGCAGGUAUGUGCAGCCGCCACAACUACAUGUACAAGGAAGACGCCGUGGCGGAACCGACGAUGGGCGUGAGCAACCUGCCGAGCUCGGAUGAAAGCGACACUACUGACGACCUCGUCACGCUUCUCAAGGAAAUUUCGAUUCUGCACAUCGACAACGUCAUGGUCGAUGCUCCCUGCGACGCAACCAACAUGACGAUGGAAUUCUCUCGCGAGGACUGCGACUGGCUCGCCUGCAUGAUGUCGAGCAUGGCAUAUGAGCAACUGUUAGCGGUAUCUCAAUGAACCUAUUUAUUUCGCUG